GAAGGGGCGGGGCCGCGCGGAGUCUCAGCGCAGCCAGGGAUGGGAAACUUGUCCCGGAUAUUUACCUUACUAUACCUGGCUCUUCCGACGGCGCCCCGUCCCGAGGCUUUCACAGCGGACAGUCUGAGGAAUAUGAUCCGUCUUUGAAGCGGGACGACUGAGAAUCAGUGUGAGACAGGCCGGCCUGGGCCCAUUAAUUGUUCACCUGGAAACGAAGACUGUAUACAUGUCCCCACUCAGUGACGAGCUGAGGGCAGGGGGUUUGUCUUGAGAGGGAGGCAGUGUUACCGAGGUAACAGACAUGCCAAAACCGGACCUGCUCUGCCUAGUUCAGCUGCUGGACAGCACUAUCGAGACCUUCAGAGUCAGCAAGCAGGAUGAAGGUGUGGUUCUGUUGGACCAAGUAUGCGACCACCUGGGCCUGCAGGAGAGGCAACUCUUCAGUCUGCAGAUCAGAGAAUCCAGCACAGCCAUCGCCUCAAUCACGGCCAACACACACUCUCCUAGAUGGUUGGAGCCUGAGAAACCCUUGAAGAAGCAGAUAAAAGGUCUUGCAUCUCCCUUUUAUCUGAACUUCAGAGUACGAUUCUUCAUCUCUGAUCCUAACUCUCUGCAGCAUGAACAGACAAGGCACCUGUACUUCCUCCAAAUCAGGAGUGACAUUAGAGAAGGACGGUUGCAGUGCCCCAUGAGUGCAGCUGUAGUGUUGGCCUCUUACGCCGUGCAAUCGGAGAUGGGGGAUCACUGUCCGUCUCGACUCCCCGGUUACCUCUCCAAGUGCCACUUUAUUCCUGAGCAGGAUGAAGACUUCCAGUCUAAAGUGGAGGAUCUGCAUCCACAGCACAAGGGGCUGAAGCAAAGCGAGGCAGAGCUUUGUUUCCUAAACACAGCACGGACACUGGAGUUGUAUGGAGUGGAGCUGCAUGUUGCCAUGGACACUAAUGACGCCCCUCUAAUGGUGGGUUUGGCCUCUAGUGGUGUUGCAGUAUUCUGUAAUACGAUUUGCUCCAGUUUCUUCCCCUGGGGGAACAUCAUCAAGAUUUCAUUUAAGAGGAAACGCUUUCUUAUACAUCUGAAACGUAAACAUGGGGAGACCCAGGACUGUGAGGUGUCUCUAGUUCUGCCCUGUCCCAAGACCUGUAAGAACCUGUGGAGGUCCUGUGUGGAUCAUCACUCCUUUUUCUGCUCCAACCGGAUUGCCAGGAGCCCCAAACACAACAACAGCACAGUUCAGUCCUACAAAAAGCUGAUAACACAACACCUGGGCCUCGGCAACAGUAAAACUGAGAGUGGUCCAGUGUGCCAGCGUGUGGUGGGAGGGAUGGUGUGGAACCCAGUCCUGCAGAGGUCGAUUUCAUCAGAUUAUCUGGAGACCAAGAGUCUGCCCUCUAGGUCGCCUCCAAACACCCCCAACUGGCGAAGUCCUCGAGUUCGCCACGGCAUCCGUAAACCUCGCCCAUCCUCAGUUGAGCUGACCAAUGACCUGAAAGACAUGUCAGAGGGGGAGGAUGUUUUCUACACAUACAGGGCGUCUUUGAGCAGCAAGGACAGCGAGGGAGACGCUUCACCUCAUCACCAGGGGACAGAUGAUGCUUUGUUGCAAAUUGAUGACAGUAUAGGAGAGGAGGAAGAUGAACACCUCUCACACCACAACAAUAAGGGCGCUCUCGGCGAUGGUGACUUGAUGCUGAUAUGUAUUGCCCCCGAUCAUGACGGCAAGUUUGGCUUCAAUGUUAAAGGUGGGGUGGAUCAGAAGAUGCCUCUAGCCAUAUCCCACGUUAAACCUGACUCUCCGGCAGGUCGAUGUGAGCCCAAACUCUUAGAGGGAGACCUGCUGGUGCUCAUCAACGGUCGAGACAUUUCUGAACACACACAUGAUCAGGUUGUCAUGUUCAUAAGAGCCAGCAGAGAGUCGCACUCCAGAGAGCUGGCCUUGCUCAUCCGACGUAAAGGUCCUGGCCGGGUGGCACCCCUGCUGCAGUUGCCUUCCGCCCUCACACUCACCAGCCAAUCACAGGGAGACAAGCUGUCACCUGGCCAGUCGGAGCGGGUCACGACACUGGAGGAGUCGAUGAGACAGCUGGAGAGAGGAAUACAAUCUGGCACACUCUGUUUCCAUUUUGAGAAUUUAUACAGGAGAAAGCCUGGUCUCUCACUAAACUGUGCUCGGCUCCCUGAGAACAUGGACAAGAAUCGAUAUAAGGAUGUUUUACCUUAUGAUGCCACCAGAGUGGUGCUCCAGGGACAGGAGGACUACAUUAACGGCAGCCACAUUGAGGUGGUGCCCCCAGUGUCUGGUGUAUGUUUACGUUAUGUUGCGGGUCAGGGUCCAUUGCCACAGACCUGCACUCACUUUUGGCAGACUGUUUGGGAGCAACAGAUACACACCAUCAUCAUGCUAACAACUCUGACAGAGAGGGGACGGACCAAGUGCCACCAGUACUGGCCGCAUCCGCCGGAAGUGAAGGAUUACGGGCACAUGCGGGUGAAGUGUCACUCUGAGGAGUGUAACCUGGCGUAUGUGACGCGGCAGUUCACUCUGAAACACACACAGCGGGGUGAGGAACGUGCAGUCACACACCUGCAGUAUGUCGCGUGGCCGGACCACGGUGUACCCGAUGACCCUUCAGACUUCCUGCUGUUCAUCAGCUCAGUCAGGGAGAGGAGGAGAGGUGAAGAGCCACUAAUGGUACACUGCAGUGCUGGGAUUGGACGGACAGGUGUUCUUAUCACCAUGGAAACGGCACUCACUCUGUUGGAUGAGGGUCAGCCGAUCUUCCCGCUGGACAUUGUCAAAACACUGAGAGAUCAGCGAGCCAUGAUGGUUCAGACCACGUGUCAGUUCCAGUUUGUGUGUGAGGCCAUUCUGCAAGUCUACAAAGAGAAACAGGAGGGAGCUACAGCAUCGUAGCCCAAAUCAGCAACAGGACCAGAACAGACACAUUUACCAUUUCAGCCUCAUCUCAUUGUAGGCGACUGCCACAGAGGGACUUACAGUGCUAUAACAGAUUAACCUCUGUCACCGCCCGUGGGACUGGUACACAGACUGGAUAAUGAGAGUAUAACCAGCUUCAGAUCACAGCUGUCUGUGAUCUGUGUAGCCUAGAUUCAAUGUGAGAGUAUGAAUCUUACACCUAGUCGGCCUUAGUGUUUGCUGAUUUGCUUGUACGCUUGUAGAGGCUGUGGUCUCCAUAGAGACUAAUGUAAAACUGAUGUGAGCUGCUGAUUUCUGUCCAAGAGGCCACUCAGGAGUGUUGCCUCUACUUAUUAAGCUAUGUGUGCCUUAGACUGACGCCUUCCAGUCGAACGGCAGAGGCAGACCAGGAUCGUUAUAAUCUGUAGUUUAUCUGUGUGUCACACACAAAGAGCAUGCAAAGCAGGCUUUAGAUCACUACAGCAUAUACUGUAAGGCCAUGGUGGUGCAGCACCGCACGGCGUCCGCCAGAGGAGCACCAAACCCCACUGUUCAAACACUCUUAAAUUAUUAAGACACUAAAUAAACACUGAUUUAUACUCA